AUGAGUGACGAAACGGAUUUUAAAAGUGAUCUGUACAAAGUCUCCGUAUCUCCGUUUGUCCUGGAGCGUAACGGGGAGUACGACAACGCCAUCGUUGCAUACCGCAAUGCGACCGAAAUAUUAGGCGUGCUGGUCAAGAAGCUGAAGAAAUCGACGGCCCCAAAGGUCAAUCGCAAGAUGUUCGAGCGACAAAUUAAGGUGCACAGCGAGCGAUUGGAAUACCUCGAGGGUUUAAAAGCCAAGGGAAGCUUCGAAAAUAUCAUAUUACCGCCCACUGUGCUGGAUGCGAUGGCGGAAAUGGAAGCACCGCAAGGCUCCAGGACGUUGACCCUGGAUCGGAAAGAGCUCCAUGAAUACUCCAAGGGGCUUGGGAAAGAGGAGACGCCCCAGGCCAGCACGGCUCCCGCCCAUCUUCAAGCGCUUCUCAACCCGAAUUCCGAUCAAAUCCCCCUUUUCAGCCCCACGCUGGAUCCCUCUACGCCGCCGAUCACUUACCGUAUAACGCACUCCUCGGAGCUGGUCGCCCGAGGCAUGCAGUCACACUGGUAUUUCGUCAAGGACGCCAGCAACACUCACGUUCUCUACGGGUUGCAAGUCGUGUGGAGUGAUAGCGUGCCAAUCGUCAACGCGGUCCUUCGUCGCGCCGGGGAGUUCCUGCCAGGCAUGGGAUCCGUCGGAGUGCGCCUCCGCAAAACGCCCGGCGGCAGCUUUCGCAUCGAGACUACGACCCUGCCGGACAUCGGGGCCAUCACGGAGACCCCGGACGGGGCGAUGCGUCGGAAGGAUUGGUCUCCGCGACGAUUCACCUACGGCGGGCGAAACUUUGUGUGGAAGAGCGGAGAGAAGGGUCUUUUCGGGUCGAUUGUCUGGGAGACGCUCCACGAGACCAAGCGAGUGUGGGCCAAGGAAGGCAGCAAGACCGGCAAGAUGGAGGACGAGACGGUCGGACCGAGGCUCUGCUGGGGAGAGAAGAAAGGAGGCAACGGGACGGACCACACCAUCUGCAUGGCUCCUGGUCUGGACAUGUAUUUCCGAGAGCAUUUGCUAGCCGUCCAGCUAGCCAGACUAGGGAGGCAAAGCUAUCCUCCUCAUAAGGACACGUCCGGCGUGGAGGCGGUCGGGGCAGGGUUUGCACAGGUCGGCUUUCUGGAAGCAAUUUCUUAA